AUGUCUGCUCAAACUAUCAACGUGUAUUGUGUAGCUAUUGAAGCACUGGCCUUCAAUAUCGUUGGAGUUUUCGGUAACGUUCAGCUUCUAUGGAUCACUGCACGUCGAAAGUUUACACACACUAAGCCAGGGAUACUCCUUGCCAUCAAUGCAGCAUGUCACAUCAUCUGCCUUUUAUCGGAAUUAAUUAGUGCUAUAGUCAACUUCUUCCCGCCAUUCACAAGAAAACAAUGCUACCCAUAUAUUACAAUCUAUAUUUUCGUGCUUUGUCAACAAGCUACUUUGACUCUUGUUAUUUCAAUUGAUCUAUUACUUGCCCUUCUGAUUCCAUUCUGGUACCGGACAUGUAGGACACCUCUCUAUAUUAUUGUAGCAUUUUCGCUAUGUUCGCUUUACUCGCUUUCCGUGGCGAUUUGGGGAUACAUGGCUCAAAAUGACGAGGUGAUUCCAUUUUGUAACCCGCCUCUAGGACUUGCACCAGCUGUUAGUGGAUUUUGGUCACUCUCGAAUAUUAUUAUGAAUUCUUGUGUGGUGCUAGUUUAUGUAGUUAUCAUCGGAUUUGUGCACUUUAAAGGGAAAUCAAAUGCUGUUAGAGGGCAACAGAAGGUUGUUCGCCGGCUGCAAGUCAUUGUUAUUGUAUUCAUCUUAUCUUGGUUCAUGGCAUUACUUGGAGUUAACAUUGCCUCCUUGCUCAAAUUUCCACCUGACGUUCGCUCAGUAUGGCAAAGCAACAUGAGCAACAACGGCUUUUGUAUUCCUACAAAUAAUCUGGAAAGAGGUUCCGAUAUGGCUGCACGACUGAUCGAUUUUUCAAAACCGCUGGGCUCGACCAGGACCUUCAUCCUUCUGGAGGCGAUGAAUUGGCAUCAGACUGAUCCCCGCAAGUCACUGUUAAGGCUGGAAACGUGUUCGUAA